GCAUCUUCAGCUUCGAGCCGUUGAAACAUCGAGCAAGAAGCGGCCCGGACAGGCCGGAGCCAUAUGGGCCGGCCCAUUUGAGAUUACAUCGCCGUUCUCAGAUAUUUUAUUUACCUACCCCUAAAAAAAGAUAUUUUAUUUACCUUGUAUUUAACCCCUUAUCCGCACUGCACAGCAAAUCAAUCGUGACCCUUUUCCCAUUCCCACCUUCCGAGGAGCAAGGCAGGCAAGGCUGCAAUGGCCGCGCAAGCCAUCUCCCUCUCGCUCCCCACGCCGCCAACCCACCACCACCACCACCACGCCCCACCACACCAUGCGAAACCUCCGCCUCCCUCGCUCCAGCACGCCCGCGCUCCGCCGCCCCACCUCCUCAAGGUCAGCUCCCUCUCCGAGGAGCUGCGAGGCGUGGAUUCCUUCCGCAACGGGCGGCUCCUGGUCUCCCUCCUGCGACAGUGCGCCGAGCUCCUCCGCGGCGGCCAGGACGCCGAAUGCGUCUCCGUAUCCCGGCGGCUCGCGCCGCAGCUGCACUCGCUGGCCGUCCGCGCGGGGCGGGCGCGGGACCCGCGCGUCGCGUGCGCGCUCGUGGACCUCCUCGCGCGGCUGGGUCGCGGGGCGUCGGGCCGCCGGCUGCUCGAGGAGGCGGCGGACGCGGAGGGCGGCAAAGACGCGGUGCUGUGGAACAAGCACGUCGCCAUGCUCGCCGAGGCGGAGGAGUGGGGCGAGGCGAUCGCCGUGUUCGGGGAGAUGCAGGCGCGCGGGGUGCCCGCCGACGGGUACGCGUGCGCGCGGGUGCUCCACGCGUGCGGCCGCGCGGGGGCGCUGCGGGAGGGGAGGGCCGUGCACGCGCACGCGGUCACGGCGAGGCACGUCGACGCGCACCCGCUCGUGCCCGGGUUCCUCGCCGGCAUGUACGCCGAGAAUGCGGACGUGGCCGCGGCCACGCGGGUGCUCGAGACGACGGAGGCCGCGGCAGUCGCGUGGAACGCGGUGCUCGCCUCCUGCGCGCGGCUCGGGCUCGUGGAAGACGCGCUGGAGCUCGCGGAGCGCAUGGCGUGGUCGGGGCACGAGCCCAGCUUGGCGACAUGGAACACCGUGGUGUCCGGCUGCUCACGGCACGGGCGCGACGGGGAAGCAUUUGGCGUUGUUCGGAGCAUGCUGGAGCAAGGGCUGCUGCCGGACUCCAGCACGAUGUCGAGCCUUCUCAAGUCUGCGGCCAAUUUGGGGCAGCUUGCGCAUGGCAUGGAAGCCCAUUGCUUCUUCCUGAGGCACCAACUCGAGCCGGACGUGUACACUGGGACAGCGUUCGUUGACAUGUACGCGAAAUGUGGCCGGCUUGAUUAUGCCCAGAAUGUGUUCGACGCCCUGGAGCUUAGAAACAUGACCACAUGGAACUCGCUGGUUUCAGGGUACGCAAAUGCUGGUCAGUUUGACAAUGCACUGAAGCUUGUGGAGGAGAUGAAGAUAAAUAGGCUUGAUCCAGAUAUAACCACUUGGAAUGGCCUGAUCACCGGUUACUCAAUGAACGGACUGAGUUCGCAGGCUGUGCUGCUGCUCCGGCAGAUCAAAGCAAUCGGGUUGACUCCCAAUGUGGUUUCAUGGACUUCAUUGAUCUCUGGGAGCUGCCAUAAUGGGGACUAUGAAGAUUCGUUCUACUUCUUCAAUGAGAUGCAGAAGGACGAUGUCCAGCCCAGCUUAGUUACCAUGUCAGUCUUGCUGCGGGCUUGUGCAGGGCUCGCUCUGCUAAAGAAAGGCAAGGAGCUGCACUGUUUUGCGCUGCGAAGAGCGUAUGAUCAUGACAUGGUUGUUAGAACAGCGCUAAUUGACAUGUACUCAAAGGUAGGAAGCUUAACGAGUGCAAAGCGGAUAUUUGAAAGGAUUCAGAAGAAUAAUUUGGUGUCUUGCAAUGCAAUGUUGACUGGGCUGGCAGUCCAUGGGCAAGGCCAUGAGGCAAUAGCGCUGUUCCACGACAUGUGUAAUUCGGGAUUGAAGCCAGACAGUAUAACCUUCACAGCUCUGCUUACUUCUUGCAGAUCAAUGGAGUUGAUUACUGAAGGGUGGGAGUAUUUUGAUAGCAUGGAAAGCGGAUAUGGUGUGACACCUACAGUUGAGAACUAUGCCUGCAUGGUUGACCUGUUGUCAAGGUGCGGUUACCUGGAUGAAGCAUUGGACUUCAUUAAUAAGUCACCAUUCAAGUCAGCGGCAAGCUUAUGGGGAGCCCUUCUAACAGGUUGCACAGUACAUGGGAAUCUUGCUCUUGCCGAAGUGGCUGCGAGAAAAUUGUUCAAACUAGAGCCGUACAAUUCAGCCAACUACUUGCAGAUGGUGAGUUUGUACGAACGUGAACAGAUGUUUGAUGAAGCUGAGAGCCUGAAGUAUGCAAUGAAAGCAAGAGCACUGGAUAGUCGACCUGGGUGGAGCUGGAUACAGAUUGAACAAAGUAUCCAUGUAUUUGAAGUCGAGGGGAAGCCACAUCCGGAUACUGCAGAGAUAUAUGAAGAGCUGAUUGGUUUGGUUUUUCAGAUCAGAAAGGCAGGAUAUGUGCCAGACACCAGCUGCAUAGUAUAUAACGUUCCAGAAGAAGAGGAGAAGCUACUGCUCAGCCACACUGAGAAGCUAGCGAUCACUUAUGGGUUGAUCCAUUCAGAUGCAAGCAGGGUACCCAUCAGAGUGAUCAAGAACACCAGGAUGUGCAAUGACUGCCACGAGGUGGCCAAGCAUAUCUCUGCUCUAUGUGACCGGCAGAUUAUUCUUCGAGAUGCCGAUAGGUUUCAUCAUUUUACAGGGGGAAAAUGCUCUUGCAAUGACUGCUGGUGACUAAUGAAUGGCAUAUCAUGUAAAAGGUUGGAUUAUCCACUGUGAAUAGCAGAUUUAAGAAAGUGAUUCCAUUCAAUCAGGCCUGAGGGCUGAACUGCAGGAGAUCCUUCAGAGAAACAAAGGGAGGACUGAAUGUCCCUGUGAACAAGGAGGACUUAUAUGCCUAACCGGAACAGAGAGCAACAACAUUCACUUGGGAGAAUCAGAUCUAAGUUGUACAGAAACCUGUCUCAGAUGUACUAGCCAGCUCUGUACAUGGCGAUGGUUGCACAUCAAGUGCACCGCCACUGACAUCUCGGCAUUUCCAUGCCCCAAUAGAUGCACUGCCAUAGAGCUUUACAUUUGAGAGGCAUAUGCGACUGAAAACUGAGCUCCUAAUGCCCCUUAUCAGCCCAGCUUGCCUUAUGUUCUGACCCCAAACAUUCUUAAUUGUCACACUGUCGACAACAGGAAGCACAUUCGGGUUGUAGGAUGUAUCAGGGUGGCCCCCAACGUCACCGGCAAUCCUCAAACCAUAUCGAGCUCCAUUCAAGGUCACUUCGGAGACAGUAAUGUUCCGGAUGUAUCCUCCCCUUCCUGAGUUGGUCUUGAUAUGGAUCCCAACACCCAUGCUAAAGAAAUUCAGGUGCUCCACAAAGACAUUCUCCACGCCACCAGAGGUUUCGCUUCCAACUGCAAACCCAGCAAAGGGGCCGGACCCUGUUAUCCUCCGGAUGGUGAUGCCAGAGCUUGGGCGAGCAAAGGCAAUGCCAUAUUCAUCCCAGCCACUCUUGAUGGAAAUCAAGUCAUCUCCUGUGGAAAUAUAGGAGUCUUCGAUGCAGACAUUAUUGCUUGAAUCUGCAGUACAAGAUGCAGAUGUAACUUAAUUUUUAUGCACACGCAAAUUUUGCUCAGAUUUACUAAGCGAGUGAAACAUCCAUUACCUAGAUCGACUCCAUCAGUGUUUGGGGAAUCAUGUGGUGCCAACACAGUCACGUUUGCUAUUACUACAUUGCUGCAUAUGCAUAAGUAACGAUCAUUCAGAAGGUGAUUAUGAUUGUGACCCUUGAACUGUUUGACAGAAAGGUAGCAUACAUUGGACCCAACAUCAGUGUUCAGUUAA